AUGUGGGCAGCCAGUGGGGGACAUAGAGAAGUGGUGGAGUUACUUGUGAGUAAAGGGGCUAACGUAAAACUGGUCGAUAGAUUCGGCAUCAACAUCCUUCAUUCAGCCUGUAUGGGAGGAGACAUCGAGGUGGUCAAGUAUGUCCUCUCACAGAACAUGGUGGACAUCAAUGAUAGAGUACAGUGCGGGAGAACAGCUGUGAUGCUGGCAGCAGAAAACGGUCACAAAGACAUGGUAGCGUUGCUUGUGGACAAAGAAGCUGACGUGUCACUACUGGAUGACGCAGGUGACAACAUCCUUCACUGUGCCUGUAGGGGGGGAGAUGCGGAGUUGGUGAAGUACAUCCUCUCACAGAAAAUAAUUGAUAUGAACAGUCUAGGACAUGACAAGAACACGCCAGUGAUGGUAGCAGUUGAAUGUGAUCACAAGGAAGUGGUUGAAGUACACUUAAAAUAUGAAGCUAAGCUGUUACUAGGUGAUAAAAAUCGGGACGACGCCCUUCACCGUGCCUGUUACGCAGGACAAUUUGAUGUCGUGAAAUAUCUCCUCUCUCUGACCUCGGUGGACAUAAACAGCAGGGGGUUGCAGAAGAGGACACCAUUGAUGGUAGCAGCAGAACAGGGACAUAAAGAAGUGGUGGAGCUACUGGUAAAACAUGGAGCUGAUCUGUUUCUGCGUGAUGAACAUGGGGACAACGCCCUUCACCGUGCCUGUUACCCAGGAAGAUUUGAUGUAGUGAAAUAUCUCCUCUCUCUGAACUCGGUGGACAUAAACAGCGGGGGGUUUAAGAAGAGGACACCAGCGAUGUCAGCUGCAGUAUGGGGUCAAACCAAAGUGGCGAAAUUACUCGUAAAACAUGGAGCUGAUCUGUCACUCAGUGGAAUAGAGGGGAACGUCCUUCACGUUGCCUGUCAGAGGGGACAAUUGGAUCACGUGAAAUAUAUCCUCUCACUGAACCGGGUGGACAUAGACAGCAGGGGAUGGAAAAGGGGGACACCAGUGAUGGUAGCAUCACGUCAGAAACGUAAAGAAGUGGUGGAACUACUCGUACAACAUGGUACUGAUCUGUCAUUGAUUGAUGGGGCGGAUGAGAACAUCCUUCACCAUACAUGUGUCACGGGAUUUUUACAUGUCGUGAAAUAUAUCCUCUCACUGCACGCGGUGCACAUAAACAGGCAGGGGAUGGAAGGGCAGGACACCAGCGAUAAUAGCAGCAAGAUUUGGACAUAAGGAUGUGAUCGAACUGCUGGUAAAGAAUGGAGCUAAUCUCUCACUCAGAAACAAAGACGGUAAAAACUGCCUAGACGUGGCCCGUAAACGAGGACAUAUGGAGGUGGUGCAAUAUGUCAGGUCACUGUGACUUGUGAACCAUCCACGUGGAGAACCAAACACAGAGUCAGCAGUCAAGAAAACCAUUCUACAAAGACGGAGCCACAUUACCCUUUGGACCUUCUUGUAUCACCCGGUGCGUACA